UAAGCUUCAUCUUAUUCUAUUGACGCAUCUACUUACUUACUCAUUUACUCGCUCACUCACGUACUCAUUCAAUCCCUCGGUUACUCAUAUACUGCAGUAUCUACUCGAGUACAUAUCUACUGGAAUAAUCCUUCUGAGCCUUACUUAUAUCUGAUCUUCUUCAAAGUAAAUCCAACAAUCGAUGCGCGACCACCUUGAUGAGACAAAUAUUUAAAACGACUCAGAUAUCACAUACAGAAGAUCCUUAAACAGACGAACUAAACCAACUAACCGCUGCUCUUUUCCAUCACCGUGCCUACUUGAGUAGCGAGAACCUUACUCUUUCUUUACUUCUAAUCUAACAACUCCUAGACUUUUGCAUGGCACUACAUACUGAACAGACAUACCAAAUCCAUAUCAACCUUUAUACGCAAGAUUAAUAAUUCUUUUUUUUUUCUUUCUUUUCUCCACAACCCCGAGAUCCUCCUCCUUUCCAACAUUUGUUCUUAGUAUCCCAAUAUACAGAUUAGAUGCCAAAAACAUUAUCUUCUUUACAGUCUUCGACAAUAUUGUCAAGAGCAAGGGCCAUAUCUCUUGCAACAACUUCCAACGAGAUAACUUUAGUGGGGUAAACCCUUAAGAGGGAAGAACCGUACAUACCAGCACCGAAAAUGGGUAAUGUUAGUAGCAGACCGGAUGAUGGCGCGCCAUUAUACUUGAGGGAUCAAAAUCGCUGUUAGUACUUCCAUUGAUAUCUAUCAGGUUUGGGGAGAAGGAAGGAACUGAUCUGGAUAUACUGGUAGUAACUGUAUCAUCAUUGUCGAUCACCAAUCAGCGGAGGAGAACCCUCUUAAACAUUGUUCCAAAUGGAUUUCCAGCAACAAGAGUCUCUGCGAUUCGCGACCUUGGAGAUAACUCUGUGGUCGAAUAUGUUCAGGUAAUGACUAUACAUACAUACAUAUACAUUGCAUUUGUCCUACCAACAAUGCUGAUCAGAAUCCUGCAGGACCCUGAUACACUUCCUGGAGCCGCUCCGAAUCUCCUCAUCAAGGUUAACAAUGACGAAGAACUUACUUUUCACUUCACAUUUAUUAUACGACAAUCGCAAGGUUUCCUGCCUGCGACGAAUGGCGCAAAAGAUGUAGUUGGCUUGAUGGAUACCGUUAUAAAUGGCCUUACAUAUGUAUCAGCUUCGACAGCGCGAGAGGUAGAGAAUCUAGUUACUCGAGAAUUUCAUGCCGAUCCGAAUCUACACAAGAAUGCCAAUGUACAAUUAGUCGGGGAUUAUUCUACGGGAGGUAGUCAGUCGGUAUCGUUCGAAUGGUCCUGGAAAUGGAGACCUCCGAAGCCAACGGAGGAUCGCGGCGGUGGUUGGAGAAAUAAUUGCAGUGUAUGUUGGACUCAGUCGCAUACGUUCUCAUUCUGACAAUCUCUAGUUUCUCGAGUAUGACCAGCGAGCGCAUCGAUUAAAUACCCUUGCCAGCUUCUCAUUCUGGGUUUCAAGUAAGGCUACAAUCGCUCUGUCCCAAUCUUCCGCUAACAAAGUCUAGAUACGCAACCAUUAAGUAUGCCAGGUUCUCCAUCUCCACCCUUUCAUCUCGUCCCGCCACCCAAAUUGCGACUUCCCUCUUCUCAAUCUCUCGAUUCUCGCGUGAGCGGGCAAGAGCUAUCGUACUCGUUUGAAGAUGCACCGCCAUCGCCAAAUCCUCUUAGCCUCGAUUUCGUUGUCCCUCAAAGCCAUUUCGCGGAUGCACCAAAGGUCGAUGUGUCUUGUCAACGCCCAGGCGAAGAUAUGAGUGCCACAGAAGAUGGACCUUUAUUUAGGGCUACUAUGAAAGCUCUGGAACAAAAAACUGGAAACAUGCGCACACGGAUGAAGAAGGUUCUCAGAAAGGCUGAGGCAGCACAGAUCGCCCAGAUGCAAUGCAAUGAUGCAAUUGGGGGUUUUAUGCAAGCGCUUCGAGAAGCGUCCAAUUCAAACGCAAACGCAGUCAAACCAGCCCUAGACCAUUAUUUUGAUAAAAUUGCGCGGGAGAUUUUACAGUAUGAAAAGCAAAACGCUAUCAAUCUUGAGAAAGUCAUUAUAGAGCCCCUCGCAAAAUUAUACACCCUUGAUAUCAAGCAAGCUGAAUCGAAGAAGCGGGAUUUUGAGGAGGAAAGCAAAGAUUAUUAUGCAUAUGUCUCCAGAUAUUUGGGACAGCGUCAAGACUCAUUGAAGCAGAAAAAGCGGGUGGAGAGCGACACCAAAUACCAAACGAAACGUCGCAAUUUCGAGCUGAAGCGUUUCGAUUAUUCUUCAUUUAUGCAAGAUUUACACGGGGGACGAAAAGAACAAGAAGUGUUGUCUCAUUUAACCAAGUAUGCAGAUGCUCAAACAAGGAGCUAUCUCGCAGCGGCGAAGAAAGUAGAACAGAUGCUUCCACAGUUAGAAGCAUUGAGCGCAGAAGUGCAAGAUGCGGACAAAGAAUUUCAAUACCAGAGGACUGAACGUGAAGAAAAGCGACGUAAUCUCGAAAAAAGUACUGUUACAUAUGUGGAACCUGAGACAGUCCCCGUUGAAACAGUCGCACCUGGCACGUCGAGCUCAGGCAAUGGUGCAUAUACUUCAGAUACUGAGCUCAACAGAGCAGACAGCACAGGACAUCAAUUAAGGAUAGUACCAACCAACAGUACGAUUGCUACAGUCACUAAUGGAGGCACGACGGAGUUCAGCAGGACUCCUGGGAGCCUCUCGUCCGUACAUGGUGGACCAGUAGGAAGCCCGGCCGCAAAUCCUCGGUUUCGUGGCAUUCGAGACCUUGAAGAAAAAGACCAUAGCCAAAUCACGGCGAGUGAAAAGUUGGGCACGCAACGUAAGGAAGGUCUUCUCUGGGCUUUAAGUAGGCCCGGCAGUCAUGUUGAUCCAAGAGGACUGAACAAGCAAGCUUGGCACAAGUAAGUCAGACGCGUCAAGAAUGGAAUUAACAAUACUAACUUGUAUAGAUUCUGGAUCGUAUUGGAUGCUGGUAAACUCUCCGAGUACAGUAAUUGGAAACAGCGUCUAGAUCUACACAUGGAACCCAUAGACCUACGUAUGGCAUCUGUUCGUGAGGCUCGUGAUGCCGAGCGUCGUUUUUGUUUCGAGGUUAUUACCCCUCAGUAUAAAAGAGUAUAUCAGGCAACCUCAGAGGAUGACAUGAAAAAUUGGAUUUCCGCUAUCAACAAUGCACUUCAGAGUGCAGUCGAGGGUAGAGGCAUGAAGGACUAUCCUGCUCUGACACCACAAUCCGAGGCUCAUUCAAUGAGAAGAGAUAUUGGUUCGAUAUUGACAGGAAAGAGUUCUUCGAUGAAUCAGGGGCAUUCGUCAAACCAUAAUAACACUUCCAAUACGAGCAAUGUGUUUAGAAGAACGACCGUUGGUGCUAGACCUGCGUAUGGCCGAUCAAAUAGUAGUAGUUUUGAUGAAAGCCCGGAUAAACUACUACAGCUUUUACGAGAAACGGAUCAAGGAAACUGCUGGUGUGCAGAUUGUGGAUCUGGAAUCAAAACAGAGUGGGUGUCGAUCAACUUGGCCAUCAUACUUUGUAUUGAAUGUAGUGGUAUUCAUCGUUCACUUGGAACACAUAUCAGCAAAGUACGCUCCUUGACUCUCGAUAUUAAUUCCUUUACCACGGACAUUGUCGAGCUACUUUUGUUAGUUGGCAAUCGCGUUUCCAAUAUGGUGUGGGAGGCUAGACUUGAUCUAGCUACAAAACCUACGCCCCAAGCUACACGGGAGCAAAGGUUGAGGUUUAUCACGGCUAAAUAUGUUGAUCGAGCCUUCGUGGAACCAAUAUCAUCCACUCUCUCACGAUAUGCCACGGCAGACGAGACCCUUCUUGCAGCAAUCAAAAAGAAUGAUGUUCAGCAAGUGAUUUAUGCUUUAGCGCUCAAGGCAAACCCUAAUGUCACGGACAGGUCUCGUGGAACGCAUUCAGUGUUUUUGGCUCUUGCUGCUGCUGAUCCAGCAUCACCAACACAAGUUGCAUCGCCCACUCGAGUUGAACAUGCUGCAAAAAUUGUUCCAUUUCCGAUUGCUGAAAUGCUCGUACAACACGGGGCUGAGAUCCCGACCAUAUUACCUGCAUUUCCUUUGAGUCGAAGCGCAACGCUGUAUAUCGAACAAAAGACACACCGUGGAGGAAGCACUAGCGAUACCCUAGCAGCUUUGCCAACCACAAUGACCCAACAAGACAAGCUUAAGGAAAGAGAGGCGAGAUUGCAAAAACGUGUUAGUGCUGGUGGUCGAUUAGCUAAAGCACCUAUUCAGGAACGUUCGUGAAGCAUUUUCGGAAUAGUAUGAUAUAACAUGGUGUGUUGAAUGAAUGAUGGAUGAUUUGGAGAUACCAUGGGAUUAGCAUUAUUGGCGUUUUUUCGUGUUCUUGGUCUGAAAUAUUUUAUUUUUGUAUUAAGCUGGACUGGGUUUGCUUAUAGCUGAGAGGGAUGGCUGACUGAUUGGUGAUUGGCUUGCUUAGGGGGUGGGACAAGGGUUUGCUUAUGUAAAGUGAGUAAGCGAUAAUUCGCUACCAAAUUAUCGCCUGAGGAAUAUCGAAAAAAGGAGGCAAGUAAGUAAGGAAGGGAGGAGGCAAGUCACUCAACACAAUUCAGUCGUGCAGACUAGAAUUGGAUUUGGAUAGUAUAGGUUAGGAGAAUGGGUGGAAUACCUAAUUAUUAAUGGAGUAUGAGUAUGACUAUGAAUAGGAAUAUGAAGUAUGAAGUAUGACCAUGAAUUAUUUUGGGAUGAAAAAGGAUUGGGAUUAAGUUGGUUGGUGGAUGGGUAGAUGUAUGGUAGAUGGAUGGAC